AUGAUCAAUAUCAAAAAAUUGAUUAAAAAACGUAUAAUAUCAGCGAACCCCGAAUUGGUUCUUGAUGCACCAAGAAUGAUUAAUGACUAUUAUUUAAAUUUAUUGGAUUGGAGUAAUAAAAAUAUGGUAGCAGUUGGAUUGGAUAAAAAUGUUUAUCGUAGUGGUGCUAGAAUUAUUGAUAAUAAGAUUUCUAGUCUUUCUUGGUCUGAAGAUGGUGAUCAUCUUGCCGAUCUAGGGAUGAAGCAUGAUGUUAGACUUGCACGACAUAAAUUUGCAGAAUUACAUGACAAUACUAGUGAAGUUUGUGGUUUGAAAUGGAGGAGUGAUGAUGAACAAUUGGCUAGUGGAGGUAAUAAUGACAACAAAGUUAAUAUUUGGGAUGCAAAAUCAAGCAUUCCAAAAUUUAUUAAAACCGACCAUAAAGAUUCUGAGGUAUUAUCAAUUCAUGAGUAUCCAAGUUUUCGAUUUAUAAUCUGGAAAUAUCCUUCACUAAAGAAAAUUAUUGAUGUUAAGGAUGCACAUGAGAAUCGUAUUUUACAAUCAGCUUUGAGUCCUGAAGGAGAAAUUGUAGCAACUGUGGCAGGAGUAAAUACACAAUUUAAAAUUGGUGAUUUUAUUCAACCAAUUACAAGAAGAAAUCAAAUUUUGGAUGUUCAAGCAUUGCAAGUAGCCGAAUUGGUCAACGUCUAUGAUAAUGAACCUUCCUCUUAG